AAGGUCUGGAUAUAAAUGCUCCAUCCACUGGCUGGGGAAUAAUAACUGCAGCAAGUGACGGGAGGAUACAGAGAACGUGGGAAACGGAGAGAAGAUGGAUGUACAAACGGAGAACAUGGACCCCCCGCCUUGUGAAUCCCAGCCAAGUGGAAAAAUCAGAAAAGGAUUCAAGCUGUUUGGCAAACGCAAGCCAGGUAACAUCUUUUCUAUUCGAAGCAAAGGGGAUGGAAACAACAAGUCACCUGUUAACAGGAGCAAAAACCUUGAUGGAUUAUCAGAGACUGCUGCACCAGAUUCGGAGCAGGAGCUGGACAAGGAAAAGGGACAGGAGGUGAGUCACGGAGAGAGUGAGCAGGCAGAGGAGGAGCCGCUUGGUGAAGAUGGCGUUCUAGCUGCCGCCCCUGCUCGCACCUCCAUUUCUUCAGCAUGCUCAGCCAAGUCCCUCAGCUUCCUUUCGUUACUGAGGGGUGGCCGGAGAGGAGGGGGGGACCGCCGAGUCCACACUGUGUCCCAACCAGUGGGUCGGCAACGUCGUGGACUGAAGGGUCUCUUUGGCAAUGUUAAGUUCCGCUCAAAAGAUAAGGAGGACAAGGAGGAAGCCCCUCCAAGCCCGCUUCUCAUGUCAUCCCGAGCCAACAGCGUGGAAAUCAUCAAAGAGGACCUCACCCUCACCCCCAAAUCCCAGCCUCGCUCUCUAGACAGCCCCGAGACAGAGAGCUGUGCCAAGAGCUUAACAUCACAGGACAGCUCAGCCACAUCCCCAUCAAAGACGAUAACUCCCCAGAAGACGGCAGGCAAUGUGAGUAGAACUAAUGAGCAUGCGCCGCCUUUACUCACCCCUGAACCACCCUUGAUACCUGGUGAGAAGAGCCUGAGCUCCUUGCUGGCAGACAUCUCCUCUCUCCUGACCUUUGACUCGAUCUCAGGGGGUGGAGACAUCAUGGCUGAUGUGGAGGCAGAGUGGGGCAAAGCCAGCAGCGCCAUCGGUAGUGUGGUGACUGAAGUCACGCCAUCAUCCACAUCUCUCUUCUCCAAACCCACCGUCUCAUCUCCAGUGACUUAUGCCUCUGUCAGCACUUCAUCUGUGGCAAAACCCACUCCUGUAGCUUUCCCCACAACAGCCCCAACCUCUCUCACAAAGAUAACUUCAACCUCUUCUCCCAUUGCCAAGCCGAGCACUAUCAUCACUACUUUGACCAAAUCUUCCACUUUGACUACUCCCUCAGUCAAAUCAAGCUCAGACUCUACUCCAGCUUCUGGACCUUCUACCAGCAUUACAAUAAAAUCAACUCCUACAGCCACAGCAACAACAAAACCUUUAACUACUCCUGUAACGUUAACAAGCCUUUCAGCUCCAAUAAUGUCUUCUCCUUCUACAAGUCAAUCCACACCAAGCUCCACUUCUGCUACUACAACAGCUCCUCCGAACACCCCGGCCACAGUGGUCAAGGCUCCCUCAAUUAGUCCAACUCUUACCUCUACAGCUAGCAAACUGGCUUCACAGAUUGCAGCUCCUCCUCAAACUAUUGCUUCAGUAAGUAAACCUAGCCCUGAAGCUACCCGUCUUCUUGCUUCAGCUAAACCUCCACCAGUAACCCAUAGCCCUCCCACCCCUGUUUCUUUUACCCAACCUCCACCUGCUAAAUUGGAUUCAGGUAGCAGUUUGAAACUGCAAACCUCCUCUUCCAGCAAACCUCUCCAAAGUUCAGCUGCAGGAGAAGUUAAAGCCCCAGUGACAGUAUCACCAGCCCUUACUGUUACAACCAAACCCUCCUCUCCUGCACCAGUUUUCUCCACCACGAUGACAAAGGUUACCCCAUCAACUCCAACCCCAGGCUCGAUAUCUACGACCCUUUCCAAACCUACAUCUAUGGACUUAAAUAAGACCCUUCCCCCCGUUGCAGUUGCUCCAGAUCUUUGUCCCCCCCCUACCCAGACUGCCAUAACUUCAACUAAGACCAAACCCAGCCCUGCGUCUGUCCCAACUCCAUUUUCAACUUCUUUAGAUAAGAUUCCUCCCAUGACUAAACCUACUCCUGCAUCAGUCUCCCUAGAGAAGAUGCCCCCUGCUCCCAUGCCAACUCCAGCCCCUACCACUCAUGCUGUUGUUUCUACAGCACCCCCAACACCCCCAGCUCCAGGUCAGAUCCCAGUCUCUCAAACUAAAGCCCCUCCUGCUCCUGCUCAAAUCCCAAUUUCUGUUUCUAAGGAACCUCCUGUUCCUGCUCAAAUACCAAUUUCUGUUUCUAAGGAACCUCCUGUUCCUGCUCAAAUGCAAGUUUCUCAAACUAAAGCCCCUCCUGCCCUUCCUCAAAUACCAGUUUCUUUGUCUAAAGACCCUCCUGCCCCUGCCCGUAUCCCGGUUUCUGUAUCUACCAACCCUCCAGCCCCUGCUCGUAUCCCAGUUUCUGUAUCCACACACCCUCCUGCCCCUGCUUGUAUCCCAGUUUCUGUAUCCACAGAUCCUCCUGCCCCUGCUCCUAUCCCAAUUUCUGUAUCUACAGACCCUCCUGCCCCUGCUCAUAUCCCAGGUUCAGUAUCUAAAGACCCUCCUGCCCCUGUUCAUAUCCCAGAUUCUGUAUCUAAAGACCCUCCUGCCCCUGUUCGUAUCCCAGGUCCUGUAUCUAAAGACCCUCCUGCCCCUGUUCAUAUCCCAGGUCCUGUAUCUAAAGACCCUCCUGCCCCUGUUCGUAUCCCAGAUUCUGUAUCUAAAGACCCUCCCGCCCCUGUUCAUAUCCCAGGUCCUGUAUCUAAAGACCCUCCUGCCCCUGCUUGUAUCCCCAUUUCUGUAUCCACGGAUCCUCCUGCCCCUGCUCGUAUCCCAGUUUCUGUCUCUAAAGACCCUCCUGCCCCAGCUCAUUUCCCAGUUUCUGUGUCUACAGACCCUCCUGCCCCUGCUCAUACCCCAGUUUCUGUGUCUGCAGACCCUCCUGCCCCUGCUCGUAUCUCAGUUUCUGUGUCUGCAGACCCUCCUGCCCCUGCUCGUAUCCCAGUUUCUGUGUCUAAAGACCCUCCUGCCCCUGCUCGUAUACCAGUUUCUGUGUCUACAGACCCUCCUGCCCCUGCUCGUAUCCCAGUUUCUGUGUCUACAGACCCUCCUGCCCCUGCUCGUAUCCCAGUUCCUGUAUCUAAAGACCCUCCUGCCCCUGCUUGUAUCCCAGUUUCUGUAUCAAAAGACUCUCCUGCUCCUGUUCAGAUCCCUGUUUCUCAAUCUAAAGCCCCCCCUGCCCCUUGCCCUGUCACUUCUCCUCCUUCUAUCCCUGCAACUUUGCCAAGUGAAGCCCCAGCCUCUGCUAAGAUGAGAGGAAGUGGACAGGCAUCAGUGGAUGGGCAAUUGGCCUGUCUGAGUAGCACAGAUGCGCAGAGGGCCCAGACAGUGCCCUCCAAAACGGAGGAACUGCAAAAUGAGUCACGAACAAGCCUCCAGGGCCCCUCCAGCGAAAGGAGGACACCACCAGUAAAGGCAUCAGGACUUAGCAAAAUACCUGUAGUUGGAGGAGGCAGAGGAGGAAAGCUACCUGUCCGGGAAAGCCGACAUGUUGAUGAUGAAGCAAGCAGGGACCCACCUCCUCCUGUGCUAGAAGAAGAGAGGCCCCAUUUCAACUCACAUGAUGCAGGGAGCAAAGAUAAAAUCAGUCAUGUUGAGGCUAAUGUGCCCACCUCAAAACACACCCAGGAGGAGAGUCAGCCGCCUCACCAGCCGAAAGUCCUCACCAGUUUACCGCGUGACUCAAAGAUUCCUGUGAAGCAUGGCGCACAGUCUCACACUGCCUCUCACAUCCCUCAAGCUAAAGAACCCCCUCGCACCAAGAUACCCGUGUCCAAGGUUCCUGUCCGCAGGGUUGGUAAUAAACCAGCUGCUGGUGGCAGCACCCAGAUAAGAAAAUAAAGCAAUGGACUGAAUCAAUCAACAAUUCAGAUUAUGGCUUUGACUGCAACUUUUUUCAACUACAAUACAACUACAUGACCAUCGUUUUUUAAUUCAUACUUCUAUACUGUAAUUCUUGGCUCGUCUCUCUGUCAUCUCUCGGCUUCACUACACCAUAAAUGACAGUAACAGAGACAAGGAGGCUGACAGCACUCAAGCACAAAACAUCUCCACAGGGAGCCAAAGCAACAAGCUUGGCUCUUUGGUGCUGAGCCAACUGGA